CUCCUCGUAGCAACAACUUCUGGACAACCAGAUUGCAUCUGCACUCCAGACGGGCUUGUCCACAAUUACAAGUAUUUCUGCGCUGCUGGACGAUGAUAUUUAGGAAACGCCUGCAGCCAUGCAAUCCGCAUUUCCUGCCGCACCGCUAAAUUUCGGAUCCCCCACCCUUGCCCCCUUGGACGGGGAUUCUAGGGCUUUGCUGAUGGUCAACUGGUCGUUGCCUCCGCGAGAAAACGUCUCGGAGGUGGACCCGGAAAACCGCCGGGCGCUUCAGUAUGGAGAGUUCUCACCGUCCACUUCAGUGUUCUUAGCCGUGCUCAUGACUCUGCUGGUGUUCGCCACCGUACUAGGCAAUGCACUCGUAAUUUUGGCGUUUGUCGUGGAGAAAAGUUUGCGGACUCAAGGCAACUUUUUCUUUUUGAAUUUAGCCAUAGCUGACUUUCUUGUAGGUGGUUUUUGCAUACCAGUGUACAUUCCCUAUGUCUUGACGGGAGAGUGGAGACUUGGGCGAGGUCUCUGCAAAUUGUGGCUCGUGGUGGACUACAUGCUCUGCACAGCCUCAGUCUUCAACAUCGUCCUCAUCAGCUUCGACCGGUUUUUGUCCGUCACAAGAGCGGUGAGCUACAGGUGCCAGAAGGGCGUGACCAGGGAGGCAGUGCUGAAGAUGGCGAGCGUGUGGCUGGCGGCGUUCCUGCUGUACGGGCCUGCCAUUAUCAGCUGGGAGCACAUCGCCGGCGGGAGCGUGGUGCCGGAGAGCGAGUGCUACGCCGAGUUCUACUUCAACUGGUACUUCCUGAUGACCGCCUCCACCGUGGAGUUCUUCACCCCCUUCAUCAGCGUCACCUACUUCAACCUCAGCAUCUACAUCAACAUCAGACGGCGCAACCUGAUGCGGGAGGGCGUCGGCGCGGGGUCAGGGGCGGGGGUGGGGCCGGGGGACCGCGAGAUGCGGCCGAGGGGGUGCGGCGACCGCGGCGAGGAGCAGCAGGUGUUCUUCGUCAGGCCCGCGGCGGCCCGGAGCAAGAGCGAGGAUGCUGAGAGGUCCAGGGGCCACACCUUCCCCGGAGGCAAGGAGCCAGCGGGGGAUGGCGGCAGGAAGAGGCGGGACAGCGGGCUGCUGGACCUGCCGCCUCUGCAGCUGGAGGGCCUGGUCCAGAGGCCGGGGGAGAGGCGCGGGGGCCCGCAUCAGGGCCGACCCGACGCCGCCGACCCCAGCAUGACCGGACGCUUCCGCCUGUCGCGGGACAAGAAGGUGGCCAAGUCCCUGGCGGUGAUCGUGUGCGUUUUUGGCCUCUGCUGGGCGCCCUACACCCUGCUGAUGAUCAUCAGGGCGGCGUGCCACGGCCAGUGCGUCCAGCACUACCUGUACGAGAUCUCCUUCUGGCUGCUGUGGAUCAACUCGUCCAUCAACCCAGUGCUGUACCCGCUGUGUCACACCAGCUUCAGGAGGGCCUUCAGCAAGCUGCUCUGCCCUGCCAAGGUCAAAAUCCAGCCCCAGUAUGUAGAACAGAAAUGCUAG